UAAAUAGGACAUUCCAAUGACCUCGUCACCAUUCAGCCCAGACGGACGACAGGAGCAGACGACAUUAGCGGGCAUCGUUUAGUUUAGUAUCGGAGAGAAACUUUUUGGAGAUUCGGUUUAACGAAAUGGCGCGCUUCUCUCUUUUGCUUCUUCUUGUCGCGGUAUCCUACCUCGAUGUCGGUGAAGGCAUUUCAUUUCAGGAGCUCUUCCGACAAGUCUGGGAAGAAUCUCCUUACGACAAGUUGAUUCUAGAAUAUCAGUGGGCUCCAUCCUACUGUAAAAAGGAGGAAUGUAGGAUCAACAUAUUAGCCAGGAAAGAGUGGACAAUCAAAUCUCUGUUGGCCUACAAGAACAUUGAUGAAAACCAUGAAAACAAGCUAAUAAAUUGCGAGGGCCCUGAAUUCAACGGUGAUGAUCUCAAUGAAAUACGCCAGCAGUUGAACAAGAAAUGGCCUACAUACAAACGCGGAGGAAACAACAUCAAAUACUGGAAAAAGAACUAUGAGAAAUAUGGAAAGUGUGUUAACGAUAUAGAAAAGUUCGACACCAUGAUAAAGUACUUCAAAAACACGUUAGAGCUCUCCGACAAGUACAAAAUAAAAGAAAUCCUCCACAAUGGCGAUAAUCCCGUGGAUCCGUCCGUCACUCCCAAGUAUAUGUAUAACGAUUUCAAGUCAGCUAUCAAGAAGUACAUCAACAAGAACCCUAACAUCAAGUGCUAUGAAAAGGAGAACAAGCAGUAUAUCUACGAGAUCGACCUGUGCUUCAAUAAGAAGUUAGAAGCAAUCAACUGUGACAUUUCCGAGAAGAUUGAUGACGAUUUUAAGUGUGACAUCGAGAAUAAGAUCGAAUACCCCAAGUUCCCGCAUUUCCAUCUUGGUGGAAAUGCACCAUAAUAUUAUGGUGCACAAUACCAUGGUGCAUAAUCACGUGUCACGUCCCGCGAUGUCACCCUCGCCAAACUAUCCGAUUGACGUUAAAGACAUUGAUCGAGGAUAUGACGGCAAUGAAAAUGAGAUGAAUAAAGGCUUUUAAAUUUUCUUGAAAGGUGCAUGUCACUACAGACGUUUCGAGUACGAACCGGUUAUACUUGGCUAAGAACUUUGUCUUGAUACCAUGUGCUAAUGUGGACAGUAUUUUCUUACAUAUGUUGUAGUCGAACUGGCGUCUUUGACAUUGAUUAAUUGCUUUACUCAGUUGUCAUCCUACAAAAAAGUCUAGGUUUUCUAUUUGGUGUUUUGGGCUACCGUUAUCCAGUUUGCUGUUGUCACUGUUAAGUGUGUUUUAAAUCGUAUAAGACCGGAGAAGCGAUAUAUUUCAAAUUAAUGAAGGCCUGACGAAUUAAAUAAAAUCAGUUUAACAGAAUAGACUGACUUAUAAGAGCAUAAGUUUUGAUGCUUUUUUUAGUUAGAUAUGAAUACAUAUUACAAUCACAAUUACAAUCUCAGUCGAUGUUUCAUUGAAUAAAAAAGUUUAAAUAUUCGCUGAAAUAGUUCCUGCCAAUGCUUCUGGUUCCAACAUAACCUGUUUUCAAUAUACGCCGUAGGUGGCGUUAUUAAACAAAUCUCCAAAUUUGCAUGGGGGAAUUCAGCUCGAGAACAUUUUCCUCGAAAACUAGCUGAUAUAAAUCUGAAUUUAUGAAUGCUGAAUAAUAACUGAAUACAACGUGAACAGAUGAAAAUUAAUUAUCAUCAUUAGAUUAGUGUCAAACUAUGAACGUCAAAUAUUUUUUUCUCAU